CAUGGAGAUCAUGAUUUGGUGGAGCUAUUUGAUUGUAUUGUCCCAGUUUUGCUCUUCGGAGGCAGCUUCGCUGCUUAGCUCAACAGGUUUGCCGAGGAAUUAUAAACUAUUAAAUACGGAUAAUCAAAAAAUACCGAUAACAAAUGCGGAAGACAACCAAUCUUCAUCAGAAUUAAUUUUAACAUCGAAUAGCCAUUUAAAGCUAAUUGGUAAAAGUUCCUACACCGAUUGGGGGUACCCGAACAAACAAUUGCGUAAGGUGUGCCGAAUACCUGGUUAUUACCUUAAAGACCCUUGGGUGCCCAUUAAGAAAAGGGUGAAGUUAAUCGAGAAACCACGUCGGUUUUUAAAGGGUCUCCGAUCGGCCAUGUAUAAAAAAGCGGAUGUGGAAAAAUGCCAUAAGCCACAAAUGACAGAUGUAUUGGAAUUUUUGGAGUGUCAAGUACGCAGGCAUAUGCGCCUAGAAUUGGCCAUUCCAAAAUAUCCAAAAUUCUCCGGAUAGAUUUGAACUUUCUUAACAUAAUAUGGACAAUGAUAUGUUUUUAACCACAAUAUAUUAACGCUUUGUUAAAUUUGAUUGAUAUCGAUUAUGCGGUUAAACUUAAAUAAACAAUUUAUCUUCAAAUUAAAAAAAUUUAAAAA